AUGGGAAAAAAGGAAUGGGCAACAUACAAAAACAGUGGGUUUGAACAGCCAAGAUGGGACAUCCAAAAUAGUCAAGUGUCUGUUGAUCCAAUGACUUAUGAGGCACAAUUUUUUAGUUUUACACCACAAACUUGCAUGCUUGGGAUCUACAUUGCAUUUCAAGACUACUUAUUUGAAGUGAUGCAUGCCGUUGAACAGGUUAUUCUGAAGAAGCUGGAAGGCCUCCCAGGCUGUGAGAUUAGCCCUGUCCAGAUCCGUAAAUGCACAGAGAAGUUUCUUUGCUUCAUGAAAGGACGUUUUGAUCACCUUUUUGGCAAAAUGGAGCAGCUAUUUUUACAGUUGAUUUUGCACAUUCCUCCAAACAUCUUGCUUCCAGAAGACAAAUCCCAGGAGAUGCUUCCUUGCAGUGAGGAAGAAUUCCAGCUUCUCCAAAAAGAAAUUGAACAGUUACAGGAAAAUUAUAAAACUGAAUUAUGUACUAAACAGGCUCUUCUUGCAGAAUUAGAAGAGCAAAAAAUUACUCAGGCCAAACUCAGAGAGACAUUGGCUGAUGAGCUUGAGAAUAUUGACAGAGGUCACGGGACUAGGGAGUUUGGAGAAAGCUUAGUGUUUCUGACCCAAAACUCAAGAAAACUACAGAAUAUUAGAGACAAUAUGGAAAUGGAAGGUGAAAAACUGAAAAUAUCUUAA